AUGUCUAUUAGUGACAUCCCAGCAAAUGCAGCAGAUGCUGGAGUCCUUGCUCAGGCAAAUGUCCCCAGAGAUCAAGAGGAGCUUCGCCUGAGUAGGGACUCGUGCUCUGUGUUCCCAGAGAAGACCAGCGUGGUGCCCAACCAGUUCAUGGAUCCCAGCCAUUUCCCCAUCGUUAUGGGCAUCGAUGGUGGGCUUUGCUGUCUGUCCUGCAGCACUUCAGCCCAGCCCACCCUCAUGCUGGAGGACAAGAAAAUCAUGGACUUGUACCAGAAUAGCUGGGAAGCCGAGCGUUUCACCUUUACCUGCUCUGCCAGCAGCAGCACCCUCCGCUUUGAGUUGGUCGCCUUCCCAGGCUGGUAUCUGAGCACAUCCCCCAGAAAUGACCAGCCCCUCUGGGUGACCUACCACCUCGGGGAGGCCGAAAUCACCAACUUCUACUUCAAGAAAGUUUAA